AUGCAAGCGUCAGAAGCUAAUGCUCAGAGUCUCCCAAACCCAUUUCAUUGGCCAAACAAUGACCCAGGAAGAAUGGAAGCCGGUCUUAUUGAACCCGUCAAUUUCAAAUCAAAAGAAGCAUGCCUUCUUGAAACUCCUGUAGGGUUAGCUUGGAGGCGCCUUCAUUACGGCACUGCUAAAUUGGAAGGGGUGCACGGAUCAGCUCACUUGCUGGCUUUCUUUGCUAUGGAAGCUAUGGCGGAACUGCAAGUGAGUGUCCCAUCUGGAGCUCCUGGGUGGCUUUUCUCUCUUUACGCCGUAAACACAGUCCUCCUGAUAGCCUUAAACAUAUUUGCCCUGAUGGUCAGCACCUGCCUUCUUCCCCGAAUGAGCGCCAUUUCUGAAGAAUAUGACAUCAAGAACUUGCGGGUGGUUCCCAACUUUUCUCCUCACGACCGUCUGCACAACCUGGUUUCCCUGAGCGCUGGACUUGCUCAUGUUUUUGGGCUUUUUCUAUUCCUACUUGAAAUAAUUCUCCUGAACUGGGUUAAGUUUUGGGACUUCUCACUGCCGGCUGCUUUUGCAGGAUCCGUAACCAUGGUGCCUUUCCUGGUCCUGUUCACACUUGCCGUGUUCCACUUUCGAAGAACUUUGGCCAAGCAUCGUGCUCAAAACACCUGCAGCACCAGGCUUUUGGUGAAGUUUGAGAAUUCCGUGUGA